AUGAACGUUCUAUCAAACCCCAUGAUCAGAGCCCAGGAGCAGUCUCUCCCUCUCUGUGGGCCCGGAUCAGUCCAGGACUUACCCCACUGUCCCCCAGGGUUUGAUCCUGGCUCACGUCUAACUCAUGGCUCCAUGCUGGGCCUCCAGGGCAAUCACAGAUCGAGCAAGCCUCAGAGGGAGCUGAGCCCCGAGGAGCAACAGGAGCUAAGGCGGAAGAUCAACAGCCGAGAGAGGAGGAGAAUGCAGGACCUGAACGUGGCCAUGGAUGCCCUGAGGGAGGUCAUGGUGCCUUACGCCUCCUCACCGUCAUCUGCAUCCUCCUCUCAGUCCCACCAGCCUGGAGUUCCUCCGGGUCGCAGACUCUCCAAGAUCUCCACCCUGGUCCUGGCGAGGAACUACAUCCUGCUCCUGGGCUCCUCUCUGCAGGAGAUGCGGCGGCUGCUGGGGGAGGUGAGUGUUGGCGUGGGGGUAAACACAGGUCCAGUCCCCAGGCUACUGCUGGCAGGAGGGUGGCCCCUGAUCUCAGGCCCGGGCCAGUUACUCCUCUCCCCAGAAUCCCUCCUCACCUCAGCAGCCUCCUCCUCUUCCUCCACCUCACCCUCCACUGUUAAAUGUCCCCUGCUUUCCACCGGCCCCAUGGAGACCCCACUGGCCCCAGUGCAAUGGAGCUCUGCAGGGGCCUCUGGCGGGCCUCUCUGCCCCUGUGGAGUGUGCAGACUUCCCAGAUUUAGCCAUUCAACGCCAGCUCCCAGGUUCCCCAAGUGA